CUCCCUUUGCUAUGGUCUCUGACACUGUCAAAACUCUGUAUAAAAAUAAGAUUCAGUGCUGUGUGCUGACAGUUUGUGAAAGGAACUGCCAGGUAAGAAGUAACAGGAUUGAAAAUGGCAGAUUAUACAGUGACUGUAACCACUGGCAAAAUCGCCAAUGCCACAACGUUUAACAACGUCUUCAUUAAGCUGGUGGGCACAGAUGGAGAGAGUGACCGCAAGUGGCUUUUUGGCUUCCGCGGACAUAAAAACUUUGUCGCUGGAAAAGUGUCCAGCUUUACCGUGUCCUGCCCUCUCUCCAUUGGAAAGCUGAUUCUGAUAGAACUAGACAAAAAGCAUCUCAUACUGUUCCCUGAAGAUAAUUGGUUCCCUGCAAAGGUAGAAGUGAAAUCCCCCGAGGGAGACACCUACAACUUUCCCAUCUACCGCUGGAACACAGACAGUGAGGUGCAUCGCUUCAGAGAAGGAACAGCUCUGAGAGUCUUUGAAGACAAACAUCAUCUUGGCAGGUACAGUCGGGAGCAGGAGCUGAAUCAGCGAGAGGAAGACUAUCGCUGGGAUGUGUAUGUAGAUGGAUUCCCCCACGUCAUCAAGGCAGAUGAUCCUCUUUCUCUGCCUUGUGAGGUCCGCUUCUCCUUCACCAAGACCAAAGAGUUUGGAUUCACUGCACUCUCUGGGCUGGUUGAGUUAAACCUGAAGGGACUCGCUAAUUCGAAGGAGAGCUGGACUAAUAUCGAUGACAUCGAUCGGGUGUUCUGUUGCAAGCAAACUCCCAUAUCUGAAUAUGUCCAGAAACAUUGGAAGGAUGAUGAUUUCUUUGGCUACCAGUUUCUAAAUGGUGUUAACCCCAUGACGAUCCAACGUUGUUCAGCUCUGCCCAAGAACUUUCCUGUCACUGAUGAAAUGCUCUUCAUCCGUGGUCAGAGGAGCUUGAAAGAGGAAAUGAAGAAAGGCAACAUAUUCCUGUGUGACUAUAAACAUCUGGAUGGACUGAAAGCAAACACCAUCAAUGGCAAGCAGCAGUACUUGACGGCUCCUCUUGUCCUGCUCCACAAAACACCUGACGACAAGAUGAUGCCAGUUGCUAUUCAGCUGAAGCAGACUCCAGCAGAAGACAAUCCCAUCUUCUUACCUACUGAUUCGGAUUACGACUGGUUGAUGGCCAAGAUCUUUGUGAGAAGUGCAGCGGCCAACGAGCAUCAACUCAAUGUUCACCUGCUGCGCACUCAUCUGCUGGCUGAAGUCUUUGCAGUGUCACUGCUGCGCAACGUGCCCAUGGUGCAUCCACUGUACAAGCUCCUCAUACCUCACACCCGCUACAGUCUGCAGAUCAACUUCUUAGCUCGACGUCUUCUAAUAUCGGAGACUGGAGUUUUGACACGGUUUUCAGCUUCUGGUGGCGAGGCUAUGAACACGAUCCUGAAGAGAUCACUGUCCGCAUUGACCUACACCUCCCUCUGCGUACCAGAAGACAUUGCUGAGCGUGGGCUGAAGGAUGUGCCAAACUUCUACUACAGGGAUGAUGCACUCAAGCUUUGGGAUGUCAUCUUUAGGUUUGUGCAGGGAUUGCUCAAGUUCUACUACAAGAAUGACGACGAGGUCAAGCAAGACCCCGAACUGCAGAAGUGGAUUUCGGACAUUUUUGAACAUGGAUUCCUUUCCCAAGAAAGCACAGGAAUUCCACAGAGAUUUUCCACUGUGGCUGAGUUGGUCAAGUUUGUCACCAUGGUGAUCUUCACUUGCUCAGGACAGCACUCAGCUGUGAACAAUGGACAGUAUGACUACGGUGGCUGGAUGCCAAACUCUCCCAUGUCCCUGCAACUUCCUCCACCGACCACAAAGGGGAGUGCAAACGAGGCCACGAUGCUGCAGACGUUCCCCGACGUCAGCACAACAGUUCAGAUAAUGUCCACCGUGUGGCUACUCAGCCGGCAGUCAUCUGACUUCGUCGCUCUCGGCCAGUAUCCAGAGGAACAUUUCAGCGAGGAAACUCCCUGUGAGCUGAUAAAGGAUUUCCAAGAAGAGCUUAACGUGUUAAAAGCAGUCAUCAAAGCCAGAAACAGGAGGCUGGAGGUCCCAUACACAUAUUUGGAUCCAGCGGAAGUAGAAAAUAGUGUGGCCAUCUGAAUAUCAGAAGGUGUGAGCUCCUCAGCUGCUGGCCAAAUUUCAUAUUAACAGUGAGAAAGGGAAGAACUGUUUGUUCUAUGUGAUACUAUAGUGGAAAGAAACUACUGCAUGUGAUCGUUGUACAGUAUGCUGAUCUGUGAUUCGAAACAAAAUGUGAUAAUUAGAACUUUUCUUCCCGUACAAAUAUUUGAGGAACAGCUUAUUUGUUCUCUGCCAGUUAAAUUACAAAAUAGUAUCUAUAUUUUUUGUUUUUAAUAUCAAAUGAAUCCCUGAACAUCCCUCUUUAAACACAGUGCCAGAAAAGUUUGAUUUAGCAUAUUGUUCGUAAUGAUUAAAAACUUUCUUUAUAUUAUACAAAGUUGGUCUUAUAGUCUCAAAGUGCGAAGUGUCUGAAUUUCUGCAUGCAAUACUUUUUUAAAUGGUAAUUUUUGAUCAAUACUGUCACUAUUGUCUAUUGUAAACUGUGACCAAAUUCUCUCAUCAAAAAUAAAGUAUUUGCUAAAUCUA